UUUGUCAUCGUUGAGCUCAUCGCUCUGCAAAGGUAUACAAAAUAGCAAAACAGAGCAGAAAGAAUAUCAUCAGGGCCACAUUGGCAUUUUGUUGCUGCUUAUUGUCGUUUUAGUUUUGAAUGCUAUGCGAACGUGUUUCGAAAGUGGCUACGGAUGCGCCUCUCGCCGGUGUCGAUAUUCAGUGCAUAACAGUGUUUUUGUGAAUUUGUAUCUUAUAUUGAAUGGUGUUUGUGUUUAGCGUAAAGGAAUUCGGAAGAAUCUAUUGUGUAAUUGAAAUUUAUUUUUAAUUAUUGUGCAUAUUUACAUUAAUAUAUAAAAUUAUAAUUUCCAUAAGAGCAGUAUUAUUUUAAUAACGGCUAAAGGAGUGUUGAAGUUUUGAAUACAAAAAAAAUUUCAAGUUCUUAAAAAAGAAAAAAAACGAAAAAAACGAGAAAAAGGAGCAAAUUUAUCUAAAAACGGAUACAAUUUAUUUAUCGACCUUCAAACAAUGUUUCGUUGCACCAAAAAGAGGCUGAAAUUCACAUUAUUCGUAUUCAAUGCGAUUUGUGCUCUAACAGGUGUAAUAUUGAUUUGGUUCGGAGCAUGGUUAUAUAGUAAUAUAUCCGAAGUUGAUGUGGAUAAUAGUGAAACUCUGAUCGCCACCGUAAUUACGGUGCUCGGCACGGUGUUGCUUGUAAUGUCGGUAUUCGGUUGUACAGCAACUUAUAUGGAGUCUAAGAGUAUGUUGAUAAGUUAUGCUGUGAUUUUAGUAAUUUUAUUGGUCAUACAAAUAUUUUUGGUGAGCAUUAGUUAUACAGCGGCUAGUGGCAGUCUUUCUAGCGGCCUACAACAAGGAUUCGAUGAACUUUGGGAUAAAUCUAAUACGAAUAUAAAUACAACUUUGUCGUUCUAUGAAGAGUGGCUCCAAUGCUGUGGCAAAAGUAGCGCCAACGACUAUUUUCUCAUGGAUAAAAUCCCACCACCGAGUUGCUGCCGCUACCGGGAUUGUACGAAUGUAUUGAACCUUUAUGUGAUCGGUUGUGAGCAGAGAUUUGGCGAGUAUGUGAGUGACAAGACGAGCAGUUUCAAUAUAAUCAGCUGGUGUUUGAUUUUGACGGAGUUUACUGGCUCUGUAUUUGCUUGCAUUUUGGUCGACAGCAUCCGAAAUUAUCGCGAUCGUAUACGUUUCUACAAUUGAGUUAUACCAAGCCAUAGAUACAUACGUAUGUGAAUAUGUGUAAUAGGAGUUGCUAACACACAUAAAUGCAAAUAUCUCGUUCCUUUGCACUAAAUAGUAUUGUUAAAAUAUUAUAUUUAAUAUAGUAAAAGAAAAUUUAAAUAUUUG